AUGCAGAAUAAUUAUUACUCAACAGCUACUACACCUCAGCGGACACUUCCUGGUUACGAUAUGAACCAUCUUUAUUUGAGUCCUUCUCAUCAGCAAGCAAAUCGAACAGGAAUAUUCUUGAAACGAAGCGAAAAGAUCGAUUGGCGUCGGCUUGCGGCAGUUGAUGUCGAUCGUAUUGCACGAGAAAUGGAUUUUCAAGCUUUACAAGACAAUCUCGAGCAAAUCACAUUGUGUAACAUUGAUGCUGAAGUUGAUGCAAGAGCAAUGGAUCCAAAUUUCUUGAAAUUGUACAAAAUGGCUCAACUAACCAUUGAAUAUCUUUUGCUCUGUCAAGAUCAAAUUACUGCGCAAUUGGGAGAUUAUGAGCAAAUCAAGAACAGAAGUUUUCAUGAACAAGACGAUUCCCGUCGAGAAAUUGAAAAACUCAAAACUGAAUUAGCAGAAUCGAAAAAAGAGUCGAAGAAACGACGAAAAAUGUUGGAAACUCAGCAACGAAUGUUAAUGGCUCAAAAUUCGAAUUACCACACAUGUCCUGUUUGUACACAUGCAUUCCUGAGUGUAUCUUAUCUCGAAGCACACAUGGCUCGUCGUCAUCCGAACUACGAUCCAAAUAAACGACGUGAGCGUGACGUUGACGUCGAAAAAGAAAUUCAACGUUUCAAAGAUGAAUUGAAUAAGAAAGAGAAUGAAUUACAACUGAUUAAAGUUCAAAAAGCAGGAGAUGAAGAAAAAAUUCGUGAUCGUGAAAUACAUAUUCGACAAUUAAAAGAAGAAAUUCACACUCUGACAACUAGAUUAACAAUCUUAGAUGAUCGAUUUUCCCUAAUGAAAACGGAUGGCUAUACCCGUUCAUCAUCACCGCAACGAAACGAUUCCAGUGUGUCUGAACUAUUGAAAGAGAAUAAACAUUUACGUGCAGAAAUCGAACAAUUAAAACAAUUAUUGCAACAAGCAGAACCGGAUUUGAAAAAAGAACAGAAACUAAGACGACGUCUCGAGAAUGAAAAUGAGAAUCUCGUCCAAGAAAUCUCGAAUUUAAAACAAAACCUACAAUUGCUUCAAGCAACAUCAGGCAAUUCAUCUCGCCUAUCCGAAGAACUUAUAACAUAUCAAAAUCGAUAUAAUGAAGAGCGAUCGCUUCGAAAGAAACUUCAAGACGAGCUUCAGCAACGAAAUCCGCCAUCUCAAACAACGGAUCGGAAAUCGCCUGUUCCAUCUGUUCGCUCUAUUGAUUCACCAGUUCCAAUGCGACCGACUCGACCUUUGCAACCGACUGAAAUCAUUCUCAGCAAUUAUUGCCCACAGCUUGUUGCGCGUUUGAAAGAAAAUCCGAAAUUUUUAACGAAAUACCGCGAUGAAGCGAGAAAACAAUUCAAUGAUGAGCUCCAAGAUGUGGAGAAUCUCGGCAUCUCGGAAACUGAUACUCGUUUGACUGACCUAGAUUUUCGAACAAAGAUGGAAAGUGUUCUACAAACACGACGAAAUAUUCAAGACGAUCUACCCGAUUUUGAACGUAUUCGUGCGGAUAUAUCUCGAACACUAGAUCGAUUAGUAAAUGAACGACUGGACGUUCGACGUAGUAUUACCUCCAUCCGUUCAACUGGUAGCAAAUUAGUGACAUUCGAAGAUCAAAAACGAAAUAAACACUCGACACCUAGAACUCCGACAGAACAACAUCGAUUGCCAUCAACAACGGUUCCGUCCAAAACGAAAUACGAUGAUAGUCGUCCGGGAAGAACUAACGAAGCAGGCGAAGAUAGAACAGCAUCCAAUAUCAGCGACAGUGAUGAUGAACGUCAAUCACCGAGAAUUGGAAGGAGUGUUCAACCAGUACCGAGAAAAAGUGCUCCGACAAAAGGUGUUAGCGCACUAGUAACGAGUGGCAUAACACCAUCAACUAAACAUGGAGAAAGUGCGAUUGCUGCUAUCGCUCGACAGCCAAUUGUUAAACCUCAAUCAACAGGAAAUCAGUCGAAUUCUGAAAGUGAAACUGAAGCUUCUGUACCAGUUCGUACAUCGAGUGUUACGGACAAAAAACGCAUUAUCGACCAGAAACUACAAGAAUCUGCGAGUAAAGGUAAAAAACCAGGCAUCAGUGCGAUCGCACAAGGAUUUCAACCAACCCGAGAGACGCUCAAAACUCAGAACCAUGAUGAUGACGAUGACGACGACGAAGAAACAGAUACAUUCACAACUUUACAUACAAAUCCGCCAGGCAAAACUCCGAACGUUCAUUUACCCCAAAUUUCAAACAUCAAAUUAUUUCUUUUUCUAGUCCAUCUUCGAACCCGAGAUUUGAUCACGAAUAAUCCACUUUCAUCAGGUGACGUAUCUCAACAUACUUAUGACUCACUAUGGAAAUCUCAAGCAAGUAAAGGUGCUGAACAUCGACGACCUUUGACAGCAGAUUCAACAAAAACUUCGAUGAUGGACUCGGAUGAGAAUCUCGACGGAGAAGAAUCUAAUUAG